UAUCUACGCUAUUAUUCUAAAUAUGUCCAACGAAAUUAAAACUUUAUCUCGUUAUCUCCGCCCCGAGCGUUUCGACGAAGAACCAAGUGCUACCGCGUCUGAUUUAAAAUGGGCCCAUUGGUAUUUUACAUUCAAUAACUUUCUAUCUGAAGAAUGCACCGCUGACACAACAGACUCCGUUAAAUUGAAGCUCCUGGUAAAUCAUCUCUCUCCUACAAUAUUUUCUUAUAUACGUGCAAGCAAAACGUAUGACGAAGCCAUCAGCACUCUAAAGAAAAUAUACGUCAAACCGAAAAACGAAGUCCUUGCCAGACACCUGUUAGCUACGCGAAAACAACGAUCUGACGAGACCGUCAAAGAGUAUGUUCAAGCUCUCAAACUUCUUGCCCAGGAAUGUAAUUUUAAGCAAGUGACUGCAGACGAACACCAAAACGAGUCCAUGCGUGGAGCAUUCAUUGCUGGCAUUAGUUCGCAAAAAAUAAGGGAGAGACUCUUAGAAAAAUUAAACCUGAGCUUAGACGAAGCGGUCAACUUAGCAAUUUCUCUCGAAGAUGCUGGAAUAAACUCCCAAGCAUUCAGCAAUACUCCUAAUACAUCACUAAAUCUUAACGCCUUACCCGAAUCUGAAAACACGGAGAAUGUAGCGGCUUCUACGUCUGCCCCUCAUUAAAGCUCAUCGAGACGACGCUGUUUCUUUUGUGGUGGAAAUGUGCACCAGCGCAUAAAAUGUCCUGCGGCCAACGAAACCUGCCAACUUUGUUCUAAAAAGGGCCAUUUUGCCAACGUGUGCAGAUCCAGGCAACCGCACAGAACAAAUGCUGUAUGGAUGGAUGAUGCUCAACGCGAUGGCACCCUGUCCGCCAUCUCUGCCGCUUCUCCAUGUAGUCUGAGAAAAGCUACCACACCUAUGACAAUUAAUGGAUUUAAAGCUGAAGCUUUGAUAGACACGGGGAGCUCUUUAAGUUUUAUAAACAAAAGUCUGGCUGAGUUACUCAAAUUAAAAAUAAAGCCUUGUCAUUUUACUAUCACUAUGGCAGAACUUAGUCACGUUUUCCAUGUUACAGGCACUUGUUGCGUGAAUAUGCAAAUUGAGAAGCACCAAUACAAACAACAAUCUCUUAUGGUCGCUAACAACCUAUGUGCAGAUGCAAUUAUCGGUCACGACAUUCUGAAAAACCAUUCCUCUGUAGAAGUGGAGUUUGGAGGGCCGCAAGAACCGUUACGGGUUUGUAAUGUCAUGGAAGCGUCGGUUCCGCCAGCAUCCUUGUUUACCAAUCUCUCUCCUCACACAAAGCCUAUUGCGGUCCGGUCCAGGCGCCAUAGUGACGAUGACGAGCUAUUCAUAAAAACUGAAAACUCUAAACUACUCGAAGACGGUAUCAUCGAACACAGUGUAUCUCCCUGGCGGGCACAAGUUCUAAUUGCCGGCGGAGGUCUACAUAAGAAGAGGAUGGUAAUCGAUUAUUCUCAAACGAUUAACAAAUAUACUGAAUUGGAUGCAUUCCCAUUGCCAAAAAUAGAAACAAUUGUCGCAAAAGCAGCACAAUACAAUUAUUUCAGUCAAAUUGACUUAAAAAGUGCUUAUCACCAAGUACCUAUUCUACAAAACGAACGAAUAUACACCGCGUUUGAAGCAAACGGUAAAUUAUAUCAAUUUACCAGGAUUCCCUUCGGGGUCACCAACGGUGUAGCGGCUUUCCAGCGUACUCUGAACUACAUCAUAGAGAAAGAGAACUUAACCGGUACGUUUGCUUAUUUAGACGACGUUACUGUAUGCGGAAAGACAAAAGAAGAGCAUGAUGUCAAUCUGUCCAAAUUUAAGGAAGCCGCCGCCAAGUACAAUCUGACAUUGAAUGAAAACAAAUGUGUAUUUGGUAAGGAAACCAUUAACCUACUUGGCUACACGAUAAAAAAUAAUGCAAUUCAACCUGAUGAAAAUCGACUGAAACCACUGCUUGAUUUACCAGCGCCAGAAAACGCGGCAGCGUUAAAAAGAGUCUUAGGACUUUUCGCUCAUUAUUCCAGAUGGAUAUACAAUUUCUCUGAAAAGAUUAAACCAUUGCUUUCAAUAAAUACAUUUCCGCUUUCUGAAAGUGCAAUGACUUCUUUUAACGAAAUAAAGAAAAACAUAGCAAAGGCCUCCUUGUCGGCUGUUAGCGAAGACGCUAUGUUUACAGUAGAAACUGAUGCUUCUGAAAAUGCGCUAGCAGCUUCUCUCUCUCAAAAUGGCCAACCUGUGGCGUAUUUUUCGCGAUCCUUGAACGACUCAGAAAAGAAACAGUCUUCGAUUGAAAAAGAAGCUGCCGCAAUUGUUGAAUCAUUACGAAAAUGGCGCCAUUACCUCAUUGGCAGGCACUUUCUUUUAAUAACAGAUCAACAGUCGGUGGCGUUCAUGUUUAACCAAAUCCAUUCAAGCAAGAUAAAGAAUGAGAAAAUUGAACGGUGGAGGUUAGAAUUGUCUUGUUUUAAGUAUGACAUAGUUUAUCGUCCUGGCAAGGAAAACACAGUCGCUGAUGCAUUAACCAGAGUAUGUGCGCAUAUGAACACUGACAAUUUAAAAACUUUACAUGACAACCUCUGUCAUCCAGGGAUAGUCCGUAUGAAUCAUUGGGUGCGAUCGAAAAACUUACCUUAUUCUCUUAACGACAUUCGUCAAAUGACUGCCAACUGCAGAGUUUGUGCUGAAAUAAAACCCCGAUACGCAUCCACAAGCGGACAGCUUAUCAAAGCAACGGCUCCCUUAGAGCGACUAAAUAUUGACUUCAAGGGACCACUUCCGUCGAAAUCGCAAAAUAAGUAUAUACUAACUAUAAUAGAUGAGUAUAGCCGUUUUCCUUUUGCUUUUGCAUGUAAAGACAUGACGUCAAGUACUGUUAUCAACUGUCUAAAUGAAAUAUUCUAUAUAUUUGGUACACCUAUGUACAUACAUUCGGAUAGAGGAAUGUCUUUUAUGUCUCAAGAACUUACUCAAUACCUCGUCUCUCUUGGAAUAGCUUGCAGCCGCACUACUCCGUAUAAUCCCCAAGGUAACGGCCAGGUGGAACACCUGAAUUUCACCUUAUGGAGAACCAUUCAGUUGAGUUUGAAAACAAAAGGCCUUGAAAUAGCCGAAUGGGAAAGGGUUCUAUCUCUAAGUUUACACUCUAUACGGUCUUUGUUGUGCACAGCUACUAAUGCUACCCCACAUGAGAGAAUGUUCAGUCACCCUCGAAGAAGUCCUAACGGAGUAUCAUUGCCAGUUUGGCUUACUACCCCAGGACCCAUUCUAAUAAAAAGAAGCGUGCGUAAUUCAAAAUAUGAUCCAGCUGUGGAAGAAGGUCAUCUCCUACAAAGCAACCCAAAUUACUCCUACGUCAGGUACGCCGAUGGAAGAGAAGGUACGAUAUCAAAUAGACAUCUGGCACCAAUCCCUUCAGAUGACGAAUAUUUGUCCAUAUUCUCUGAGGACACUGAUGAUGUGCCUGAGGCCGUGGCUGAGGAACCGUCUGAAGUUGUUACAGAAGAACCGCCUGCGCCUCUUGAUGAUACUGAGCCAACAGAAGUACAAGGGCGGAGAUCACCAGGCACACCUCAAGUCGAAGCUAGGCGCCCGACGCGUGAGCGGCGUCCGCCGGCCUACCUGGGGGACUACCAGACAACUUAGGAGGGGGUGAAUGAUGUGUAU